CCGUUUGGACGGCACGGAUCAACUCAGCCCAGUUCAUUUGACAGUUGCUGUCCGUCCACCAAACAACAACCGGAGACACACACGCCGCACCCAACGCCACUCGUAGGAAUUCCCCACCGCCCGCCGCCGCCGCCGCUGCUCCGCCGUCGCGGCGCCAUGCUCCACCUCCGGCAGCGCGCCCUCUCCCAUCUCCUCUCCGCCGCGCCACCUUCUUCCACCUCCAUACCCCUCUCUCUCCACCGCCUCCUCUCCGCCGCCGCUGCCCCCCGCAUUUCUCCCAACCCUAGGUUCGCCGUGGAGGACUACCUCGUCUCCACCUGCGGCCUCACCCCAGCGCAGGCACUCAAGGCCUCCGCCAGGCUCUCCCACCUCAAGUCCCCCGCCAAGCCCGACGCCGUCCUCGCCUUCCUCGCCGGCAUCGGCCUCACCGGCGCCGAUGUCGCGGCCCUCGUCGCCAGGGACCCGCGGUUCCUCUGCGCCAAAGUGGAGACAACCCUGUCCCCCGUCCUCGCCGGGUUCACCGGCCUCGGUCUAUCGCCUUCUGAUAUCGCGCGCCUCGUCUCGCUCGCCCCGACCGAAUUCCGCCAUAGAUGCGUCGUCUCCAAGCUAGAGUACUACCUUCCACUCUUCGGCUCCAUCGACAACUUGCUCCGGCCGCUCAAAUGCUGCACCGCCUUCCUCGGCUCCCACCUCGAGAGGGUGGUCAAGCCCAACGAGGCCUUCCUGCGGGAGUGCGGGCUAGGUGAUCGUGAUAUUGCCAAGCUGCUCAUCCAAACGCCUAGGAUCCUCACCGCCAAACCAGGGCGCGUCCUGGCGAUGGUUGCGUGCGCCGAAGGUAUAGGUGUGGCCCGUGGCUCUGGAAUGUUCAGGCAAGCGCUGCAAGCCAUCUCAUACGUCGGCGAGGACAAGAUCGCUGCCAAACUGGACUACCUGAAGAAGACACUUAGGUGGUCAGAUACCGAGGUUAGCAUUGCCGUGUCCAAGGGUCCGUUUUUGCUGAGGAGGUCAAAUGACGUGCUGCAGCGUAUGUCAGACUUCCUAAUCUCUGAGGUGGGCUUGCAGCCGGCCUACAUUGCGCAUCGCCCGGCUUUGCUCACUUACAGCCUGGAGGGCCGGCUCAGGCCCCGCUACUAUGUUGUGAGAUUUCUGAAGGAAAAUGGAUUGCUAGAGCACGGGCGGAGCUACUAUACAACACUGGUUAAGACUGAGAAGGUUUUCAUGGAAAAGUUCAUAUGCCCUCACAAGGAAGCCGCACCACACCUUGCUGAAGACUACGCGGCUGCUUGCAAAGGGGAAGUGCCGGCUAGAUUCAGAUUUACAUGAAUCAUGAAUGGGCUAUGAGAAUUGGUAAACUUUGUAAGGUGCAACAAAGUUUUCAAUUUGUUGAAAGCUGGUGGCUGUUGGAAAAUGAGAAAUUGUACUGGUCUUCAAGGUAGGAAUGAACAUUGGCGUUCAGCGCUUGGAGAAUGGCUGAAGAAGAGUGGUUUGGCACUCUGUCUGCUAAGAAGAGUGGUUUAUCCAUAGGUGAACUUGUCUGGAUGUCGUUCAGACUUGAUCCAGUUUGUUGGUUGAUGUACUCUAGUUUUGUUCAAUUUUAGUUUAAUGAGACCUCAUCUUCCAGGCAUUCAAGCUUGUCAAAA